AUGAGCCAGUCUGCUGCGUCUCCAGCAUCGACGCUCAUGGAUCAUCAACAACACACGGAAGAAGUCGCUCCUGCGAUUGUAUCACCUAGCUUGAUCCAGGAGCACAAGGCACGGCCUGCUGCACAGUCUCGCGUGAGCCAUGCUGCAAAUACUACUGAUUCAGAAGGUCAUGGGGCGUUGGAACGGUAUCACUCUCGCAUGUCGCACAUGUCACAAGAAGAAAGCAACGACCUCAUGCGCAGACUCACCUCGCGGCGAUCAGCUGGAGGUGAGGAUCCAGGUGGUGACAACACAUUCAAUGAGUUGUUAGGUGAAAUAUUUGAUCGUGAUGAGAUGAAGAAGAAGAAUGUGGGUGUUUACUUCGAAGAUCUGAAUGUUAUUGGUGGUGGUGUUGGUGCUGCGAUUCAACCAACAGUCGGCGAUAUCCUCAAGGGCAUUGCUUCCAUCCCAAUCUUGCCUUAUGUCAUCUACAAAAGUACAAAGGCCAAAUCACCUGAAGCUGUUGAACGUAAGCUCAUUCACGGCUUCAACGGUUGUGUCAAAGACGGAGAGAUGUUGCUUGUUCUUGGACAGCCGGGCUCUGGAUGCACCACAUUUCUCAAGGCACUUGCCAAUCAGCGGAAUGGCUACAAGGAAGUCACUGGCAACGUCCAUUACGGUGGUAUUGGCUGGGAGGAAAUGGCCAAAAAGUACCGCGGUGAUGUUGUCUAUAAUAGUGAGGACGAUCUGCACUUUGCAACGCUCUCAGUCGAACAGACACUACGAUUUGCACUCAAAACGAGGACGCCUGGUGAGAGACCUCAAGGUGAAACUCGCAAGGGCUAUCAAGACAAGUUUUUGAACGUUCUUGGCAAGAUUUUUGGUAUUGAACACACCUUCAAGACGAAGGUUGGAGACGAGAUGGUUCGCGGAGUCUCUGGCGGAGAAAAGAAGCGUGUCUCUAUUGCAGAAGUAUUCGUCAAUCGUGCAAGUGUUGGCUGCUGGGACAACUCCACUCGUGGUCUUGAUGCUUCGACUGCUGUUGAAUACUGCCGCUCCUUGCGGGUACUGACCAACAUUGCCAAGGUCUCGACAGUUGUGACCAUUUACCAGGCAGGUGAGCAGCUCUAUGACUUCUUCGACAAGGUCUUGCUUAUUGAGGGUGGUCGAUGCUUGUACUAUGGUCCUGCCGAGUCUGCACGUCAGUACUUUAUUGACAUGGGCUAUGAGCCUGAAGAGCGUCAAACAACAGCCGAUUUCCUGACAGCCAUCACCGACAAGCGUGCACGCAAGGAGCGAGAUGGAGCAAGUCCACCACAGACGACAGAGGAGCUUGAGCAAUAUUACAAGAGUUCUCAGAUAUGCAAAGACAACUUUGAAGACAUGAAGUCAUACAAUCAUCGUUGCAAGGAAGAUCCACCUGCAGAGACAUUCAAGGAGACCGAAUCCGACAAGAAGGGCAAGCGUCAUGGCGUAUAUGCCCUUCCCUUCUACAAACAGAUCUGGUACUGCACCAUCCGACAAUAUCAGAUCAACUUUGGCGACAAGCUCUCGCUUUAUGGAAAGAAUGCCUCUGCUGUGUUCCAGGCUCUGAUUAUCGGCUCUCUCUUCUACGACAUGCCAAAGGAUACCAAUGGAGCAUUCCUCCGUGGAGGUGUCAUCUUCUUCAGUCUGCUCUUCAACGCCCUUCUCGCGCUCGCUGAGCUCUCCUCAGCAUUUAGCUCUCGACCUGUUCUCAUGAAGCACAAAUCCUUUACAUUCUUCCGACCCAGCGCUUUUGCGUUAGCUCAAGUGGUUGCAGAUGUGCCGGUUGUUUUAUUACAGGUGGCAGCCUUUGAUAUUGUCAUCUACUUCCUCUCUGGUUUGCAAUACACGGCGUCACAGUUCUUCAUCAAUUACCUCUUCCUCUACUUUUCUACGAUGGCCGUCUACUCCUUCUUCAGGAUGCUUGGGGCUUUGGUGCCGUCACUCGAUGCUGCCACUGCUCUGUCGGGCAUUGCCAUUCAGGCCCUAGUUGUUUACGCUGGAUACAUUAUCCCAAGGCCCAGUAUGCAUCCUUGGCUCUACUGGCUCUGGUACAUUAAUCCAUUGGCCUACGGUUUUGAGUCCAUGAUGAUCAACGAGUUUUACAAUCUCGAUUUGGAAUGUGUCGUUCCGCGUCUGUUGCCAUACGGUGCUCCAGGACAAUUUCCCAACCAAGGAUGUGCCAUCGCUGGUUCGACCCCGGGAUCCACUGUGGUCUCUGGCGCCGCCUACAUUUCUGAAUCCUUCACUUAUGUGCGUGGUCACCUCUGGCGCAACCUCGCAUUCAUCAUCAUGUUUUGGCUCUUCUUUAUCUUUGUCACCUGUGUUGGAACGGAACGUCAAAAGCCUAAUGCUUCUGCUGGUGGGUCUCUUGUCUACAAACGUGGUGGCGAGCCAAAGGCCGUCAAAGAAGCCUUGGGCGGCGAAAAGGAAGUAGAUGCUGCACAAGAGGCACAAGCAGCCCAUGUCGAGCAACACGAUGGCAGCGACAGUGACUCUACUAUGGAUGGAUUUGAAAAGUCCGAGACGACCUUCACUUGGAGCGAUGUCUGCUACAAUGUCCCGGACCCAGCAAACAAGGGACAUCAAAAGCAAUUGUUGGAUCAUGUUACUGGUUGGGUCAAGCCUGGUCAACUCACUUGCUUGGUCGGAUCGUCGGGAGCUGGUAAGACGACAUUGCUCAACACGCUUGCACAACGUCAAACAACUGGUGUCGUGACUGGUGACAUGCUUGUGGAUGGACGCAAGCUGCCAAGUGCCUUCCAACGUGCUACUGGCUAUGUCCAGCAGAUGGACAUGCACGAGCCUACUGCCACUGUACGCGAGGCACUUCAAUUUUCUGCUCAUCUCCGUCAACCUCGCGAAACACCACAGGCGGAAAAGUACGCGUAUGUCGAGGAGAUCAUCAAGCUCUUGGAAAUGGAACACAUGGCGGAGGCAGUCAUUGGCGUGCCAGGUAAUGGUCUCACCAUCGAACAGCGCAAGCGUGUAACGCUCGGAGUUGAACUUGCUGCCAAGCCAAGUCUCUUGCUGUUCCUCGACGAGCCUACCUCUGGUCUCGACUCGCAAGCUGCCUGGAACAUUGUUCGUUUCCUCAAGAAGCUUGCCAAUGCUGGUCAAGCUAUUCUUGUCACCAUUCAUCAGCCAUCCUCCAUUUUGUUUCAGCAAUUCGAGCGCAUUCUGCUGCUCGGUCCUGGUGGCCAAACGAUCUACUUUGGCGAGCUUGGUGAUCAGUCCAAGACUAUGAUCAAGUAUUUCACAAGUAACGGCGCUGAGGAUUGUCCAGAAGAUGCAAACCCUGCAGAAUGGGUCCUCGAUGUCAUCGGAGCUGGUGGAGGUAUUGGUGCCAAGAAGGCAAAGCAAGACUGGCCCCAGAUCUGGCGCGAUUCCAGGAACGCACAGGACACCAGGAGUGAGAUUGAACGCAUCAGACGGGAACGUGGCGGCAAGGCAAACAAGUUUGAACAAGACACACGUAAAUACGCCAUGCCCGUUACCGCUCAAACCGGUGCCGUUGUCAAGCGUAUCUUCGUUUCCUACUGGCGAACACCUGACUUCUUCAUUGGAAAGCUCAUGCUGCACAUCACCACGGGCCUUUUCAAUUGUUUCACGUUCUUCCAGCUGGGCAACAGCGUGGUAGACUUGCAGAACCGGAUUUUCUCUAUCUUCUUGGUCUUGACUAUCGCUCCGCCGCUCAUGCAACAAUUACAGCCACGAUACCUGCAAUGGCGAGCCUUGUUCCAAGGACGAGAGCAGCAAAGUCGCAUGUACUCGUCUUGGACAUUUGCCCUGGGUUCCAUCCUUGUCGAGUUGCCCUACACAAUCGCUUGUGCAACGAUUUUCUUUUUUUGUUGGUACUUUGGCCCUGGCUUCGACAGAUCGAUUGGCCGCGCUGGCCCUAUUUGGAUGUUCCUUGCACUGUUCGAGAUUUACUAUGUUACGCUCGGUAUCAUGAUUGCCUCUAUUGCCAAGACGGAGCUCUUUGCGUCUCUCUUGGUACCAACCUUCUUUACAUUCAUCAUUGCCUUCUGCGGAGUAUUGUCACCACCCUCGUCCAUCAUCACGUUUUGGCAGUGGGUCUACCAUCUCACUCCAUUCAACUACCUUCUGAGUGCUAUGCUCAUCUUUGUCGUUCACGAUAAGCCUGUCCGAUGUGCCGCAUCUGAGUUUGCACGAUUUGCACCCUUGGCUGGUCAGACUUGCCAGGAGUACGCCGGAAGCUUCGUUCAGCAAGCCGCGGGAUAUCUGCAAGAUCCAAAUGCGACAGACGAGUGUCUCUAUUGUCAAUACGCGACUGGAGAUGAAUACGCUGCGACUCUUCUUGUUUACUGGGGUGAUCGUUGGAGAAACUAUGGCAUCUUUUGGGCGUAUGUCAUCUUCAACAUUCUCAUUACCUUUGUGUUUACAUGGCUGUAUUGUGGUGGCUUUGCAAAGAUCGGCGCCAAGCUCAAGCGCAGUGGUCAUAAGCGGGUAAGAAAGGACAGUCAGUUGCGUGAGGCGGACGAAGAAUCAGUAUAA